GAGAAAGAGAGAGAGAGAGAGAGAGAGAGAAAGAGUGAGAGAGAGAAAGUGAGAUUACAGUUCCAUUGUGAUGUGCCAUAUGCUUGUCAUGUUAAAGUUGUAAAAAAAUAAAUAAAGACAAAAGUAUUUUAAAAGUGAACAGGACCCUCAUAAAACUGAUUAACCAUGGCACGAUAUUUCAGGGAAGAAGAUAUAGAUGAGUUCCGAGAAUGUUUCUAUUUAUUUGCACGAAGCGGUCAAAUUCGAACACUCGAUGAACUUACUAUAAUUAUGAGAUCUUUGGGAUUAAGUCCAACUAUUGCAGAAUUAAACAAAUAUAUGAAGGAUAAAGGUGGAAAAAUGUCUUUUGCUGAUUUCCUGGAAGUUAUGCAUCUUCAGACUCAUGUGGAAGAUCUACCAAAAGAAAUCAUUAAAGCCUUUCAAGCUGCAGAUACAUCACAUAGUAACACUAUUCCAGCUCGCCAAUUAGCGCAUAUGUUGCUUCAUUGGGGAGAACAAUUGAGUAACAAGGAAGUGGAACAGAUUUUUCGCGAGGCCAAUGUAUCUUUGAAUGGAUACGUGAAAUACGAAGAUUUUGUGAAAAUAGCAUGUGCACCUGUACCUGAUUAUUAUUGAGCACCUUGUCAAGUAAUUUUUAUAUUAGUAUAUAUAUUCUAUUAUACAGGGUGUCUGGUAACUAAUUGAGCAACCCCCGUGUACAGGUAGAACAGGUAAAAAUAAUCAUAAAAGUUAUAUCCCAGUUUGAAAAUUUUCUCAAUAUUUAUUCCGUAAUUAAUUAAAAUGUAUAAACGAAUGAGCUCACGAGAAGCAGUAGAACAGGCUCUGUGUGUAAAAGAAAUGGCUAUCUCUUAGCAACGAUGAGUAAACAGCUGAUUUCGAGGAGGAGUAACAAACGACAUGUAUACGUUACUUUGACUCAUUCUACCCGUACACGGCGGUUGCUCGAUCACCAGAGUUACCGGACACCCUGUAUAUGUAUAUAUAUAUAAGAGAAGAAGAUGCUUAUACAAACACGAAAAGACUUAUUUAUUAUAAGAACUUUUAUAAAACAAAAUUUUUGUAAUUUGAGAAUAUGGUUGUGCAGGCUUAUGGUUAUACUAUAUACAAUAAAUGAAGAUAUUUUUACAUA